CGGGCUGCGCGUCCAUCUUUAUAGCGCGCUCCGAGCUGUCACAAAGGGGCUGCAGCGGCGCCCCGAGCCCGGGGACCGGACCCGGCCCGCUUCUGAAUGCCCCAGAUCAAUUUUAGCCAAUGAUGUUGGCGCUCGACUCUUCCAUCUCCUCUCCAUUCCGCGGCGUGAAAACGGCGCACAAACCCCGAUUCAAGAUCCCGGAAACAGUCCUCAGAAAACUUUCUAAAUGAUCGUCAUUGCUCUGGUUGUGUUCUAUGCUAGCAGAAGCCUGCUCCCAGGUUUCCUGCUGUCGCUAGAGCAGCGCGUGGCCAGCUUGCUGGGAACCCCCGGGACCCCAAACAUGGGCAACUCCUGCAUUUGCCGGGACGAUAGCGGCGCCGAGGAUAACGCCGACCCCCGCCAUCGGCAGUCGGAGAACAGUGUCCUGCCGGCGGCCGAAACCAGGAGCCAUCUGAGGGACCCUGUGAGGCCACCCAGGAGGGGGAGGGGACCUCAUGAACCCAGAAGGAAAAAGCAAAACGUGGAUGGGUUGGUGUUGGACACUUUGGCAGUAAUCAGGACGCUUGUAGAUAAUGACCAGGAACCUCCCUAUUCAAUGAUCACAUUGCACGAAAUGGCAGAAACAGAUGAAGGAUGGUUGGAAGUUGUCCAGUCUUUAAUUAGAGUAAUACCAUUAGAAGAUCCACUGGGACCAGCUGUUAUAACGUUACUAUUGGAUGAGUGUCCUUUGCCUACUAAAGAUGCUCUGCAGAAGUUGACUGAAAUUCUAAAUUUAAAUGGAAAAGUCGCCUGCCAGGAUGCAAGUCACCCUGCCAAACACCGUAACACAACUGCGGUUCUAGGAUGCUUAGCUGAGAAACUGGCAGGUCCUGCAAGUAUAAGCUUACUUAGCCCAGGAAUUUUGGAAUAUUUGCUUCAGAGUCUGAAUUUCCAGUCCCAUCCUACAGUAAUGCUUUUUGCACUAAUCGCAUUGGAAAAGUUUGCACAAACAAGUGAAAAUAAAAUGACUGUUUCUGAAUCCUGUAUCAGUGACCAGCUUGUCAUGUUGGAGACUUGGGCAGAUAACCCUGACUACCUGAAACGCCAAGUUGGUUUCUGUGCUCAGUGGAGUUUAGACAAUCUCUUUUUAAAAGAAGGCAGGCGAUUCACGUAUGAAAAGGUUGAUUUGAUUACAAUAAAGGCCAUGUUAAAUAGCAAUGAUGUUAGUGAAUACCUGAAGAUCUCACCACAUGGACUGGAGGCUCGCUGUGAUGCCUCUUCUUUUGAAAGUGUGCGCUGCACGUUCUGUGUUGAUUCUGGGGUUUGGUAUUAUGAAGUCACAGUGAUCACUUCAGGAGUAAUGCAGAUCGGCUGGGCCACCAAGGACAGCAAAUUUCUUAAUCAUGAAGGUUAUGGAAUAGGGGACGAUGAAUACUCUUGCGCGUAUGAUGGCUGCCGGCAACUGAUCUGGUAUAAUGCCCGAAGUAAACCACAUUCCCACCCCUGCUGGAAAGAAGGAGACACAAUAGGAUUCUUAUUAGACUUGCAAGAAAAGCAAAUGGUCUUCUGCUUAAAUGGUAACCAGCUUCCUUCUGAAAAGCAAGUCUUUUCGUCGGCUGUAUCUGGCUUUUUUGCCGCAGCUAGCUUCAUGUCAUAUCAACAGUGUGAGUUCAAUUUUGGAGCAAAACCAUUCAAAUUCCCACCGCCUAUUAAAUUUAGCACUUUUAAUGACUUCGCUUUCUUAUCGCCAGAAGAAAAAAUAAUUUUGCCAAGACACCGGCGCUUGGCUCUAUUGAAGCAAGUUAGUAUUCGAGAAAACUGCUGUUCACUUUGUUGUGAUGAAGUAGCAGAUACUGAACUCAAACCUUGUGGACAUAGUGACCUGUGCAUGGACUGUGCCUUGCAACUGGAGAACUGCCCAUUAUGUCGACAAGAAAUAGUGACUAGGGUCAGACAGAUCUCUCAUAUUUCAUGACACACGUGGAGAAGAUUCAUGGACUUAUUUCUUAUCAAUUCCAGCUGAUGGCAUAAAGAAUACGGACCUCCUUACCAGUAGUACGGACAUCGAAACUCUAACCAUGGCCAGAUCGAAAGCUAAGCGGCGGUUUGUCUGAUUUCAGGCAAAAUUCUAGAAUCCUUUAACUCAAUUCAGUCCUGGGAAAUUCCUUUUUUUUUUUUCCUUUCAAAUUGAGGGCCGUAUGCUCUGGGUGACUAAAGACUAAAUCCUGUCUCCAAGAAGACAGAAGCAGACAGCCUUCCAAAGGGCUGAAACAGAAUUUUUGCACUGGAAUUACAUGUGGAACACAUUCGAUUCUCCUAAAUCCAGAUGAGCUGUCCCUAACUCUGAAUUCUUUAUUUUUGGCAGAUGUUAAUAAGGAGAAGUGAUUUGCCAGUGUUUCUUGGUUUAAGUAUAGCUUCCUGCUGGUCAGAGACUGUAUGUUGAGUGGACAUGGACUGCAAGAUUUGAAUCUGUAAAAUGUAAACACGUCUUACCUGCAAGUUACAUGAAGGACAUGGAAGAAAGCGCACAGACUAUAGAGGAAAAAUCCCGACUUUUUGAUAACUCAGUGAUUCCAAAGAACAUCCUAAUUUUUUUUUAACUACGGAAGAUUGGUGGUAUUUUCACAUUCAUAGUGUUUUUAGCCAAUUUCGGUACCCACAUUUUGUGAAAGAAAUAAUGUUUUACUGAUGCAGGUGGAAUUCUACAAUAAUAGCAAUGCUGGACUGAAGAAAAUUCCAUAUUUAGGGUAUUUUUAAAGAUACCAUCAAUCAGUUUUUUUUUUAAUCUAUUGUUUUUGCAAGCAAUGUACCUUUGAAACUUUUGAAUACUCAAGGCCUGGAAAAGGAUUUUGAGAAAGUAUUGAUAUUGUUUUAAAUAAAUUCAUGUUAUUUGAAUAGUAAAUUCAA